AGCCGGGGCCCUUCGUCGUACACUCGCACACGCAUGCGUACGGUUUCCCGGAGCCCUGAAGACCUGGCGGAGCCCGGCGCGGAUGGAGGCCUGAGGGUGGCGGGGGCGGAGCGCGCCGCGAGCUGGGUGCAUGUCCGCGGCGGGCGCCGUCUAGAGGAAGGCCAAGCAGCCGCCACCACGCUUUCAAUCGCGGCAAGACGCAAGCGAGCCAGGCCGAGGGCCGCGGCGGCGAUGCAGCGACGGCGGCGCCCUCCGCCACCGGUCUCUCAGCUGCCCGAGGGCUGCGGGGGAGGCGGCGGCGGCCGCAGUGGGAACCAGGAGGUGGAAGUACAGUUCUCCACCGGGCGUUUGGGCUCGGCCGCGGCGGUUUCGGCGGUGGUGGCGGCCGCGCGCACCACCGAGGAGGAGGAGGAGAGGCUCGAGCGUGAGCACUUCUGGAAGAUCAUUAAUGCCUUCCGCUACUACGGCACCAGUAUGCAUGAACGAGUGAACCGAACAGAAAGACAAUUUCGAUCACUUCCAGCUAAUCAACAGAAACUACUUCCUCAGUUUCUCCUUCACUUGGACAAGAUUCGGAAAUGCAUUGAUCAUAAUCAAGAAAUACUACUGACCAUUGUGAAUGAUUGCAUACAUAUGUUUGAAAAUAAAGAAUAUGGACAAGAUGGGAAUGGAAAGAUUAUGCCAGCAUCUACAUUUGACAUGGAUAAGUUAAAAUCCACAUUGAAACAGUUUGUGAGAGACUGGAGUGAAACUGGGAAAGCAGAAAGGGAUGCCUGCUACCAGCCAAUCAUUAAAGAAAUUUUAAAAAAUUUUCCAAAAGAGAAAUGGGAUUCUUCUAAAGUAAAUAUUCUGGUACCUGGUGCUGGACUAGGAAGACUGGCCUGGGAAAUAGCUAUGCUAGGUUAUGCUUGUCAAGGAAAUGAAUGGAGUUUUUUUAUGCUCUUUUCUUCCAACUUUGUACUCAACAGAUGUUCUGAAAUUAAUAAAUAUAAACUUUACCCCUGGAUCCAUCAGUUUAGCAAUAACCGAAGAUCAGCUGAUCAGAUUCGACCCAUCUUUUUCCCUGAUGUUGACCCCCACAGUCUUCCUCCUGGUUCUAAUUUUUCUAUGACAGCAGGAGAUUUUCAGGAAAUUUAUUCAGAAUGCAAUACCUGGGACUGUAUUGCCACCUGCUUUUUCAUAGACACAGCUCACAAUGUAAUUGAUUAUAUUGAUACAAUAUGGAAAAUACUCAAGCCAGGUGGAAUUUGGAUAAAUCUAGGUCCUUUGCUGUACCACUUUGAAAAUUUGGCAAAUGAACUUUCCAUAGAAUUGAGCUAUGAGGAUAUUAAAAACGUUGUUCUGCAGUAUGGAUUCCAGGUAGAGGUGGAAGAGGAAUCUGUCUUGUCAACAUAUACUGUGAACGAUCUCUCUAUGAUGAAAUACUACUAUGAAUGUGUCUUGUUUGUGGUCCGUAAACCACAGUAAUAGUUUCAAGUGAUAUUACCUGGAAAAAAGUUUAAUAAGAGCAAAUAGUGAAAUAAACAACUCAAAAUCAACUAUCAGUGAUGACAGGACACAACCUCAAAUCAGUGGUGCCUUCUUAUUCCUAACAAAAUUUAGAAAUAGUGUCUAUUUUCUUAAUAUGUCUAUUGCAUUUUCAGAAAUAUACUAUGCCAUGCAGAUUUGUACUUCUACGAGUAAAAAUGGAGGAAAUGUCUUCAAAGUAUACUUUUUCCUUGAAACCCAGAAUCAUCUUUCAGAAAAAACCUAAUCUCCAGUGUCUUCAUGAAACUCUCUGUUGCAAAUCUGCCAUUUUAAUGACUAAUAGUAUUGAAGUCUAUAAUCUUCCUUUUUUUGUUGUUUUGUGUGCACUGCACAUGUUAUUUUUAGAAAAGACUGAGGAUCCUCUGUCACAUUCAACAUCUGGAAUUGGGACUUAUCUAAGCAAUCCAUACAUAAAAUGUGUGUCUAUUCUUUUAUCAUUCAAAUUAUUUUACUUUUUCUGUCUUAGCUGAAUUUAGAGAAGUAUUAAGCAUUUCAUUUUUAUGAAAUGUUAAAUAGCAUCACAGGCCAGUAAAAUGCAUUCAGGUAACUGAGAAAUUAACAAGUCUUGGCUACACUGACCUGAACACUUUAUGAAAGCAAACUCAUCAUGGAUCACUUUGAAAUGUACGGGAUGUCAACACUCAAAGUGAAGCAUAAAAACCUUUGUUAAAGGUAGUGCUAGGAAACUGGGAAAAGAAGAAUAAAACUUAUCCAUUUGAAAUGGAUGGUUUCAAACUAUAAAUGAAUACGAGUUUGUCAGUGUGAUGUUUACAAUAAUGUCUUUUCUUUAGAUUAUCUGGAUUAUGAAAGCCCUUUUUUUCAUUAAAACAAUUACAGACUAGUAAAAACUAUCAUAGUAUUAAAGGGGGAAAUUUUGAAUAUGAAAUUCAGGGAUAAAUUACUGCCCAUGGUCUGUGUUUUCAUUAUAAGCAACAGCCAUUAUGUGAUUUCAGAUUAACACCAAUUUUGUUCUCUGAUGGAUGCAGUUUAAAACAAUAUAUGCUGCUUUAAAUUUCUACCUCUAGCAGGUCUUUUUUUGGAGGAUGUUUUCCCUUGUGAUUUUUACAUGGAUAGUAUUGUUUCCAGUAGCUUAGAAAGUAGAGAAUGACCUAUGUUUUAACCUUUUCUUGGAGAAAAGGAAGAAUUUUUAUUGCAUAUUUUCACAGAUAAUUGUGACUGCUCUAAAUGACCUCUGUGGCAGUUUGGAUUAGAUGAAUUUAAUCUCAAUAAUGUGCUGCUGGCAUAAAAAAAUUUUAACAGGAAAACUUGUAAAUCUUUAGAACUUUGUCAGUUAGGUUCAAAGAGUCACUUCCCUAUUUGGCAUCUUAUUAGUUUGGGGGUGGGGGGAGAUACUUUUCUCCAAACAGUGAUGGAACUUUGACCUUUAUUCUCACUAUGCAGAGGAUUCCAGCGAGUUACUUUGAUUUUUGCAAUUAGGGAAGUCUGUAACCUGUUGAGGUUUUUUUGUUGUUUUUAAACUAUUUCUCCUUUUUGUGUCCCUCAGUACUUGGCAGAUGUUCAUUAGAUGGGAAUAAACUUAAAAUUAAUUUGCAAGGGAAAAAAAAUUUUUUAAGAAAAAAAUAAGGUACAUCAUAGGUAUUUUUAAAAAUCCAUUGAAGAGAAAAAUGCAUAUUUUUUGAGUGAUUUAGACAUGCUUUUUAUUUACUGGCUGUUACUUUUUACAACUCGUAUUCAAACAGGUGAUCUUUGCUUUUCUCACAGAGGUAAAAACAGGCUGGCACUGGGAGGUCGGCUUUACUAAAAUGUUUUUUGCUAUUAGGUUUUAUUCUUUAAUGUUACUUAUUUCUAAAUUACAGCAUAUUUAGUUAAUGCUGAAACCAGUCAUUUAUUAUUUUCUCCCUCAGAUCAUGAAUUUUUCUUAGAUGUUCUACACAAAUUUGUACCACUUUUUUUCUUAUUGCUUUUGCAGUUAAUACAUUCUUAUCUUGAUUGAAAAUGUGCUAUCAAUCAAUAAUAGAAGUGUCACUGGAGGCUUUAAUUUUGUAUUUCUUAAUUUUAGU